UCUAAUAUUUGCCCUGAUCCAAAUGCUAUAAGUUUUACAAUUUUUAAUUAUAAAUCACGCAUUCUUAUGGCAUAUAAACAUUAUUGAUGGGCUCACAUAGAUCCAUUACUGAUUAAAAUCUGGUGGAUACGUGUAGUGUACACACACUCAAAUGUUUAUCUACACCCUAUAUAAUAUCAGUGUUAUCAGACCCACAAACUGUGUCUUGUUCAAGACUGAACGACAAAGAGAUCCAUUCCCAUCCUCAGCUAUGACCAGAUUAAUUUGUACAUGUCUCUAUGUGCUGUGGGCCGUAACUGUGAACGCUCAACCGUGUCCUUCUUUAUGCUACUGUCGACCUCCAGGUCAAGUUUUCUGCAACGGAACAGGAAUAUCCAAGAUCCCGGAUGAUGUUCCGAAAGACACUCGCAUUCUCUACAUAGGCGAUAACCCCAUCACUGAGAUUAAGAGGAGUUCGAUGUCAAAACUUAUCAAUUUGACGGCGCUCGAUGCAUCGCGCGCAUCUCUUAAAGAAGGAUCCAUUGAAGCAGGCGCCCUUGACCUUCCGAAUCUAACGGAUGUAGAUAUGUCAGGGACAGACUACACCACCAUUCCGAAAGAACUCCCGAAGAAACUGGUUACCUACAGGAUGAUGAUGGGAAAGCUGGAAACACUUCAAUCCGACAGCUUUAUACGUUACCCAAACAUUGUGUACCUUGACCUCUCAAACAACAACAUAUAUAAAAUUCAGCAGGGAACAUUUGAUCCCCUUGUUAACAUGACUACAUUGUAUAUUGGAUUUAAUAAACUGACAGACGCAAGUUUCCCUUCGAAUGUCUUUUCUAAAUGUAGAAGCAUUCAAUCCAUUGAUUUACGUUUUAACCAAAUGCAGAACGUGCUUCAAAAUAUCCCAGGUUGCAUCCAGCAUCUUUGCUAUGUGGGAAACAAAAUCAAAACAUUACACGCGUACUCCUUCAAGGACCUCGUGAAUCUCCAAACGCUUGCAUUCUGGGAAGGAGACGUGGAAACAAUAGAGGACAACGCCUUCUAUGGCCUUGACAAACUCACUUUACUGGACUUCAUGCAAGAUCACAUCAUAUCCGCUUUGACAAACCUAACAUUCGUUGGUCUUUCUAGCGUGGACACACUGUACCUGGAUUUGAACAACAUCAGUAAGAUGGAGGUUGGUGCCCUGUACCCAUUAAGGAGCGUGGGAUCUCUUUGGCUUCAGAGUAACAUGUUGACCACACUGAAAGAGGGAGUUCUAGACACCAACUAUCUCACCAAACUGAACACGCUAUUCAUUGACUCUAACCCUUGGUACUGCGACUGCAAUCUGAGAUGGCUGCGAGAGAAAAUGGAUCACGCCCCUUAUGUCAUCCAAGAUCCGCACCUCAUUGUCUGUAAAGGACCACCUAAAGUAGCGGGGAAAGCGUGGGAUGUGUUGAAACCAUCUGACUUUGUGUGCAACAACAACAGCUGAACUCCCAACAACAUCCUCUGCAAAUAGACUUCAUUUUAAAUAUAUGCAUCUCUGUGAAAUUAUAUUGUUUACUCAAAUCUAGACACCACAGACUACGGCAGGUAUAGUGAUCGUGAUGACAAUAUAUACAUUGUGGUUGGGUGAACAAAAUGAUUAAUCUUGCUAGAUAUACUUAUCAAGUGGAUAGGCACGUUGAUAACCCCCAAUACAACUAUAAUACCUGUUUGGACAAAUGGAUUGAGCAAUUUGAAAUAGGAAGCUCUUGCAGUCAUCAAUAGCCAGAGACAUACAGGGCAUUUGCAAUACGGAUUAUUUCUGCAUUUAUCAUUAAACAUUCCCAAUUCAUUGAAUAAAUAUGUAAUAUGUUUUGACCGAUUUCUAAAUCAUGUUUUUAUGGGAAAUAAAACAUUGCUUUAUGUAA